AGACUCCAGGCGCCAUUAAAGAGACGCACUGUAAACGUGACCAGUGCAACCACUCCACCCCCCGCAGUCACCACGCGGCCAAAGUUAAGAGUUCAUAAUGCACUCUGGCGACCCACCGUGAAGCACCUCCACUGAUCACAACAGUGCCAUUCUCAGACAUUUCCACUUCUGCCGUGAGCAAGCCUUUUUUCAGCAUAGGUGGAGUUUAGGUCGUUUAUACACUUACUGGGCUGCGGAGGAUCAUACUCUGUCUGAACGCAACGGUUAUGAUAAAGAUGUUGCCGUCACCAACACCAGUGAUUCUUGGACUGGUUGUGGUAUCGCAUAUGCUGUCGGGGAUACAGUCUGCCUUUGCCUCAGAAGAUUGGAUCGUAGAAGCUUCAAGAAACUCCAAGCAAAAGGAGAUGCCGAGCAAUCACGCACGCGUCAAAAGGCAAUCAAUAUUCAACAGGAACGAAAUUGAACAAUUCCAAGUGGAGAGUAAGAUAGCUGUGCGGUUCGCCAGCACCACCAUCACCAGCCGCAUCCGAAACCGUGCGUCGUCUUACCAAUCGCUCAACUUCGUCUUGCAAUUGCCACUGAACGCGUUCAUCGCAAACUUCUCACUGUAA